GUAAGAUAUUGUAACUCUGGUGAUUUCAUCCAUUCGUGAUAUCUAAAAAUAUAUUAAAGUUUUCAAUAUUGUUAAAUAUACAAAAUAGUCAAUUUUUGUGUCAAAUAUGGUUUUGUGCAUUAAAAAUGGUGGAAUUAAAAUAAUUGAAAUGUUAGAUGAGAUUUAAAUGUUUUAAAGAUUUAAUCUAAUACCUCGUAACGUGUUUUUCCUUAUAUGGAACUAGAAUCACAUUUUGACCGAUAAUACGAGUGGACUUAUUCUUUUUCAUUAUGUUUAUGAGAUUUCUAGGAAAGUCUUAAAUUCAUUCCAAAACGGCGAUGGAGAAGAGGUUAUCUUGUCAACGUUCAUCGAUGCUCUGCCAUAUUGAAUUUGUCGGGGGAAAAAUGGCUUAUAAUUUCCCUGGAGUGCCAACAGCGGCUAUGUCGCCAAUGGGUAUGGGUCCGAUGGGACCAUUAGGACCAAUCACCGGACCUCAAAGUUUCAUGGAACUUACUGGUCAAGGAUUUCCUCCUUUGCCACCACCUAUACCUCUUCCCGGAAUGAAUGACUCGCCAUUAGAAUUCAGUACAAAUAAAAACCAGCCCCCUGUUGUACGCGAAAGUUCAGAAGAUACCAAUGACAGACGAAGUGACAAGAAUGAUAGCAGACGAGAACGAGAUAGUCGUGAUAGUAGGGAAAAUAGAGACAACAGCAGAAGGUCAAGAGGUGAUCGUAAUGAGCGAAGAGAAAGAGAUCGAGAUAGAAGAGAAGAACGAAAUGAAAGAGAUCGAAGAGAGGAUAGAAGAGUAGAAGAUAGAAGCAAUAAUAUAAGUUCUACGAGUAAUAACAAUAAUCAUAGCAAUUCAAAUAAUUCUGAUAUACAAUCUAAUACAGCAAGCAGCACACCUAGUUUAGGACCGCAAAUGGAACCAGCUACAGGAGUUUGGGGAAUGGGUGUUGGAUAUCCAAUGAUGGGAAUGGGACCAAUGGGACCAAUGGGUCCUAUGAUGGGUGAAAUGACAUUAGGUCCACAUAUGGGUCACACUCAUGGUUAUGGACCCAUGAGUAUGGGAAUAAUGCCGCAUGAGAGUGGUAUGAUAGGUGCUCCAAUAUUAGGACCUGAACAAAUCAUGACAGAUACAGCAGCUCAAAUAAUGACUGGUGCAUUGCCACCACCAUCUGCUCCUCCGCAAGGUACCAAAGAUAUUAUACACUGCAAAAGUUGUACAUUGCUUCCGCCAAAUCCAAAUGCACCACCACCGACUACAAGAGAAAGACCUCCAGGAUGUAGAACAAUUUUUGUUGGAGGUUUGCCAGAAAACAUGACAGAAACAAUUAUUCAAGAAAUAUUUGAACGAUGUGGAGAAAUAACUACUUUACGUUUAUCCAAGAAGAAUUUCUGUCAUAUACGUUUUGUUUUGGAAGCUAGUGUUGAUGCUGCUAUUUAUUUGUCUGGUUAUAGAGUAAGAAUAGGUUCCAAUGGAGAUUCCGCAAAUACCGGAAGACUUCAUGUCGAUUUUGCACAAGCAAGAGAUGAUCAAUACGAAUGGGAAUGUAGGCAACGACAAUUACAACGAGAACAACGUCAUCGAGAAAGAGUAGAGAAGGAACGUCAGCGUCCACCAUCAAGCCCACCACCUGUUGUCCAUUAUACAGAUCAUGAAGCAUCAAAUAUAUGUGAGAAAAUCAAGCAGGAUGAUACUUUUAUGAAAGCUGUACAAGUCGUUGUAACAUGGCUCGAGCGUGGAGAUUGUACAAAGCGCAAUGCCAAUACCUUUUACUCUAUGAUACAAUCAACAAAUUCUCACGUCCGCCGAUUGCUCACGGAAAAGGCUGCGUAUGAAGAAGAAUUGCAAAAAGCAAAGGAGGUCAUGAAAGGCAGAAUGCAAGGAUUGCUCAUACAAUUCAGUCAGAUCGAACGUGUCUUUACUGCGGCUAGCCACAAGAAGGUGUGGGAUCAUUUCACUAAGGCUCAACGGAAGAACAUCGAAAUGUGGAAGAAACAAUCUUCGGAAAUUAAAGCAGUUCAAUUAGAAGAAACUCUUAUGGAAGGGGAAGGUGAAAUGGAUGUCUCAGAUUGUGAAGAGGAACCGCAAAGGAAAAAAACACGUAUUCAAACUGAUAAUAUUGAUGAUAGUGAAAAAAUGCAAUCUUUGAAAGAAGAAAAUGAUAGUUUAAGAUGUCAACUAGAAGCAUAUAAAAAUGAGGUUGAUUUAUUGAAGUCAGAGACAAAGUCAGAUAUUGAUGCAAAAGAUAAACAAAUGAAAAUGUUGCAACAAACAUUAAAAGGUAUGCAAGAACAGCUAUUACAAUCUAGAAAGCAACAAGCACAAGAUGAUCAGAAAAUAAAAGAUUUAACUGUCAAACUUAAUGCCACUAAAAGAGAAGAACCUCGGGAAAGUGAAAUAAUAACUCUUGAUAAAGAUGAUGAUAUUAGUGAAGAACCUCGUACACCCAAACAAUUAAUUUUGGCAUCUAAUUUUGUACAAGUUACACAAAAAGAUGCCAAACUUAUAGGUUUGAUAGCCACAUUUUUACAUAUACACCCAUUUGGCGCAAGUGUGGAUUACUUAUGGUCAUAUUUACAAAAAUUAGAACCAGGAAUCAAACCAAAUGAAGUGGAAGUUUUAAUGCAAAGAUUCCCACAAGUUUUCAAACAAGAAUUAUUUGGCAUUGGAGCAAAUAUGGAAAGGCGAUGGCAAUUUUCAGGUUUUAGUGUUUAUCGAAGUCAUUAGAUAUUGAAAAUUUCUUUUGAUUUUUGGAUUAUUAUGAUGAUAAUAUCUAACUCCACGUAAUAUACAGUUAUUAUUAUUGUAUAUAAAUUUUAAUUUUUUUUCACAAUUUCAACAGUCUUUCACAACUGAAAUUUAUAGUUAAUGUCUAUAUGAUGUUUGAAAAAUGCAACAUAUUAUUAUGAAACACAUAAUAAAAGUGUAGUAUGUCAUUAAUCAGUAGGAAAAAAAAAAUUACAUUUAUUAGUGUGAUUUGAUACUAUAUCAAAGUUCUAUGGAUUUAUGAUAUUAUAAUAUUUGUAUAACGUAUAAUUUGUUUCCCUAUUUUUUUGUUUCAAAUUUUAAUUAUACAUUGUUAAUUGUCCCCAGUAUCCAAAGAUAAUUUUAUAAUUAUCAAAAUAACAUUACUCUAACACAGUACGUUUAUAAUAAGGAAUGCGUGUAUGUGUCACGUGUGUGUGUAUGUAGUUGUAUAUAUUUAUAUGAAUUCUUAUGUUCCCGUGAAUGUAAGUAAAUAAUUUGUAUUACAAAAUAUAACAAAUGUUAUGAGAUUAUUCAAGUCUAAUAUAGAUUUUUUAUAUCAAAUAUGAUUAUUUAUAUCUGGAUAAGAAUCUAAAUAAAAAAAAAAA